GUGAUCAAACAAGUUUGGCCAAACGUAAACCAUUUUGCCAGAGAACUCGUAAGGGAUACCAUUCAACCUGUCCUCAGAGAAAGUUUGGAAAAAUAUAAAUUGAACGGUUUCAAGUUCGAAAGAAUCAUUCUCGGAACAGUGCCGUUCCGUAUAGGUGGGGUUAAAGUGUACGACAAAAAUGUUGAUCGGAAUGAAAUUGUUAUGGACCUCGAUAUAUUUUAUGCCGGGGAUUGUGAUAUUUCCUUUCACUUAUCUGGACUGAAGGGAGGAAUUCGAGAUUUUCAGCUACAUGGUAUGCUAAGGGUUGUUAUGAAACCUCUCAUUUCUACCAUGCCUCUAGUCGGAGGAAUACAAGUAUUCUUUUUGAAUAAUCCAGAUAUCGAUUUUGAUCUCGUGGGUAUUGCAGAUGUUCUGGAUAUGCCUGGGCUGAGUGAUAUUUUGAGAAGAAUUGUAGUUGAAACUGUAGCUUCCAUGAUGGUGCUACCUAACAAAUUCCCCAUCAAACUCAGUGAAGAAGUUGAAGCAAUUGAGUUAAAAGCUACUGAACCAGAGGGAGUACUGAGAGUACACGUCUUUGAAGCUAGACACUUGAUGAAAAAAGAUGUUAGCAUUCUAGGCAAAGGGAAAUCUGAUCCUUAUGCUGUUGUAACUGUUGGAGCGCAAGAAUACAAAACGAAGGUUAUCGAUAAUAGUGUUGAUCCCAAAUGGGAUUACUGGUGCGAAUUUCAAAUACUUGAAUCAAAUGGGCAGCAGCUAUAUAUUCAUUUAUGGGACAAAGAUGAUACAGGGGAUGACGAAAAUCUUGGAAGGGCUACAAUUGAAGUGUCCAAUAUUGUCAAAAAAGGAAACGAUGAUAUGUGGGUUACUCUAGAACAAGCAAAACAUGGAAUGGUUCAUCUGAGACUAACCUGGCUAUCACUCAGUAAAAAUUAUUCCGAUUUAGAUGCGAUCCUAAACGAAACCCAACUUUUGAGAGCAUCAAACUUAAAUACAUCAUUGCUGACUAUAUUCUUGGAUUCUUGUAAAAACCUUCCCCAAGCAAGAAUGUCGACAAAACCUGACCCCUACGCCAUAUUAACAGUGGGUAACCACUCAAAACAAACUAAAGUAUUGAUGAGAACAAUCCAUCCAGUUUGGGAAGAAGGAUUCACAUUCUUGUUACCCAAUCCUGAAAAUGAUACUCUAUUACUCAGCAUAAUGGACCAGAAAACAGGUACCGAAAUCGGACAUCUCAAUUUCAAGAUAAAGAGUCUGAGUGACAAAACUAAUUUGGAAAUGUACAAACAACCAUUCUCUCUUCUGAGGGCAGGCCCAGAGAGUAAAGUUGUGUGGUCCUUAUGUUUAAGAAUUUUCAAAAGGAAUAUUAAUGAAAUGUUAGGAGACGACCCAGGAAUAUUAGAGAGAAAAGAUUCGAAUAUUUCUAAAUAUUCUCUGACAUCAGAAAAUCAGGCAUCAACUCCAUUGAUCAACGAGCAGCCGAUUCAGCCAGAUGUCCAUCAGAGUGAAGACAUACAAAUUGAAGGAAUACUGGAAGAUUCAUCUAUAUCGACAGUGAGCAAUGUACUGCCUACGGAAAAUUCCGAUGUAUUGUACCGCAGAACACCCAGCGUAACAUCAUCUGCAGGAGAAGCUGGUCUUGGACGAAUCCAAAUGACUUUACGGUAUAGCGUACAGAGACAACGUCUCAUUGUUGUGGUCCAUAAAAUCAUGAACAUACCUCUCAAAGAUCCCUCAAAUAUACCUGAUCCUUACGUGAAGCUGUACUUACUGCCAGAAAGAGCAAGGGAUACAAAACGAAAGACUCAGGUGGUCAAAGAUAACUGUAACCCUGUCUUCGAUGAAACUUUUGAAUAUGUUCUGAGUCAAGGAGAAAUAGGAUCGAAACAGUUAGAAGUUACGGUUGGCACACAAAAGCAGCUGUUUUAUACCAGUAGCAACAUUUUGGGUCAAGUGAUAAUAGAUCUGGGAAAACUCAAUCUAACUCAACCCUACAACGUAUGGUUUGACUUGCAACCAGAAACAGAUUGAGUUCAGUGUUCUGGAACAGCUUUACACUCGCUUCAUGGAGAUUUAUAUGUCGGCAAUUCAUGACAAUCUCUAUUUAUAUAAUUCAAGAUUUCAAUGUCUAACUUUUCAUUAGUUCAUUGAACUGUUGCAUUUUUUGGUGUAUAUAUUUUGUACUUACUAUAUGUGUACUUGCUGUAUUUUUUGUUGUCUCAUUCUUACAUGUAUUCUUCAUGCUCUCAAAUGAAAUGUUGAAUAAUCUGUGUUGGAGCGAGAAUAUAACUCUCUUCUAUUCAUACUGUUAUACUGAUGAAUAUAUUUUAACCCAUAAAAAUUAUGAGAAAA